AUGCUUGCGGUGAAAAAAGCCGUGGGAGGGCUUAUACGUCUGGGACCGGUGCCCAAGCACGUAGGUAUCAUCAUGGAUGGUAACCGCAGGUAUGCCAAAAACCACAAGAUGGAGCUAAAAGAGGGCCACAACCUCGGGUUUGAACUGAUGGCCCAGAUACUUGAGUUGAUGUACGAGUGUGGGGUUCAAUGCGCCACCGUCUACGCCUUCAGUAUCGAAAACUUCAAACGAUCGCUGUACGAGGUGGCGUGGCUCAUGGAGCUCGCCAAAAGCAAGUUGCUGCAAAUCGUCGAGAACGGUCAGCUCUGCAAGAAGUAUGGGGUUAAAGUCCGCAUCAUCGGCAACACGCUGUUGCUUCGAGACGACGUCCGAGAGGUAUUGGUCCGUGCCGAGGAGAUCACAAAAGACAAUACACGGGCCAUCCUCAACGUUUGCUUCCCAUACACUUCCCGCGACGAGAUGGCAACCCUGAUCAAACGAACAGUGGAGCAAAGCUUAGAGACACACGAGCCCAUCGAUGAGCAUACCAUCACAAACAAUCUAUACACAUCCGAGUGCCCGCCCCUCGAGCUUUUGAUACGCACUCUGGGCACAUACCGUCUACUGGACUUCUUAUUAUGGCAAUGCGUGCUGCCCGACUGUGCGGUGGUAUUUGUCGACAAGUUAUGGCCUGAGUUCGGCCCUUGGGAUUUGGUGAAAAUCUUGCUACAGUGGAGUUUCAACAAGUACUGGUACGGGCAUGGCAACGGCGAGGUGGCCCCGCACACUCGUGAUGAGAUCGCGUCCUUGAAGGAUUCGCAACCGGCAUUGGAAUAG